AUGGCGUCAAACAAUCGCGAGGAAGGAACGCUAUGCAUCGGGAUUGACUUUGGAACCACGUUCACGGGAGUGGCGUAUGAGUUCCAAAAAGGAGGACCCGAAGGUCAAGCUUCCAAAAUCGAGCCUCGAUGCGUCCGCUUCUGGCCCGCCGUGGAGACGGCAAAGAUAGACUCGAAGGUCGCCUACGAUAAAGAUGGAUCCGUUUCAUGGGGCCGCGAAGCUGCGAACAAAGACAACCACAUCUCCUGGUUCAAACUCCUCCUACUCGAAGAUGGCGAUCUGAAAAGCCAUUUGCAAAGCUCCAAACACAUCAAAGAGUCGGCAGAAAGGCUCGAGAGUCUCGGCAAGGAUCCCAUUGACCUAGUGACGGACUACCUGAGAUGUGUUUGGGAGCAUGCACUCUUCCAGAUCACGGAAGAACAAGGGAACAAAUUCAUGGAGCGUACCCCUUUCCACGUGAUGGUCACGGUACCCGCUAUCUGGCCAGACUACGCUCUUCAGCGAAUGGACCGAGCCUUGCAGGGCUCUGGCAUUCUUCGAGCCCGCCCGUCAUGCAAGGAUACCACUUACAGCUUCAUCCUUGAGCCAGAAGCUGCUGCCUUUGCCUCGAUUUUGGGCCUUGGCAAAUACGAGACGCUGAGGGCUGGUCCUACGUUCGUAAUAGGCGACCUAGGAGGUGGUACCGUGGACAUUACGAGCUUCGUGGUACGCAAGGAGAAUCUCGAGCUUGCAGAAGGUGUCGAAGGAGAUGGUGGCCUUUGCGGUGCGACCUUCCUGGAUCAAGCCUUCCUGGCCGGCAUAACGAAGAAGAUCAGCGGAGCGAAGUACAAGUCUAAGAAGUUGAAGGCCUGGGAGAAGAUGCACCCAACGGAUCGACGACGAGUGCUUGAGUUCUGGGAGAAUGAAACCAAGAGAAAGUACUACGAUGGAGCAGGUCGAGUCAGGUUCGACAUGGGAGUUUUGGGCAACCUAAGACCUGAACUCUGGAUGGAAACGGACGAACUCAAUGACAUCUUCGCCACUGUCUACAAGGACAUCCUUGCGCUAUUCGAGGUCCAAGUCAAAGCCAUAUUCGAGAGCACUGGAGUACUGCCGAAGUUUAUCGUACUUGUUGGAGGCUUGGGUGGAUGUAACUACAUCUACGAGAAACUCAAGGCCCACUACGAUGGCCGCAUUGAAAUCCUCAGAGAACGGAGUGAUGCCUCCUGGACAGCUGUGGCACGCGGUGCCGUCAUCGCUGGGUCCAACAAGCAGAACCGAGAGAUCACGGUGCACUCACGAGUGUCCCGUUACAGCUAUAGUUGGACGAAGCAUGAAGAAUAUGACCCAGCGAUCCACAGCCCACUCGAUCUCGAUAUCAACGACGUUACCGGUGAUGCCAUAGCCCGAGAUCAGAUGGUAUGGUUCAUCAAACGGGGCGAAAAAAUGGCGGUUGAUAGUCCGAAGCUCUACGACUACGUGCGACACUUCACACUAGACCAGUCGGGGGUUAUCUCGUUUUCCGAGACGAUUUACCGCUCGGAGAGAUCAGAGCCUCCCGUUCGCCUUGCCGAGAACGGAACGAAAUACGAGGGGCCCUAUGGCGAAGCUCUGGAGGAUGGGUUCUGCGAAUUUGCGACCAUCGACAUGAAGACCCCCGUCCCAGUGGAGAAGUUACCCCUGAGAGGCAACAAGGACCAUAAGCACCGCCUCCUGUAG